AUGAAGCGACCUCGGGGCCUAGUGUGCGAGUGCUUGGGCCCUACCGUCUGCCCCGACGGAGCAGCCAAUGGCACGUGCUUCACUCAACCGGGCGGGUACUGCUUUGUCGCCGUUGAAGAAGUCUUAGAUGAAAAUUACCGAGUAGUCAUCGAUAGAACCGCCGGUUGUUUGCCACCGGAUGAGUCGGGGUUCAUGCAAUGCAAAAGCUCCCAGGUGCCACAUCAACACCCCAAAGUUAUAGAAUGUUGCAUGGACUCGGAUCUGUGCAACAGGCGGUUGCAACCACAACUGGCGGAGCCGUCCCUCGAUGUGACAGAAACACCUGGAGUUCGGGGAUCAGGGACUAAUACCCCUACAUUGUUGGUUGCCGCGGCACUCUGCAUCGCGUUAGUCGCUUUUCUCGCCGCUUUCCUAUUACUGUUCAGAAGGCGGCGGCGUGCUGGCAAACGUCCACCGUCACCGCCCGCUCCGCAUACUGCUGAGGUAUCAUCGGGAUCCGGAUCAGGUCUGCCACUCCUCGUACAACGUACCGUCGCUAAACAAAUUCAAAUGGUUGAGUCAAUCGGAAAGGGACGAUACGGUGAAGUAUGGCUGGCCCGCUGGCGAGGUGAACGCGUCGCCGUUAAAGUCUUUUUCACGACUGAGGAAGCUUCCUGGUUCCGCGAGACUGAGAUUUACCAAACCGUACUUAUGCGCCACGAAAAUAUCCUUGGCUUUAUAGCUGCCGACAUCAAAGGCACGGGAUCAUGGACACAGAUGCUGCUCAUCACCGACUAUCACGAGAACGGAUCCCUUCAUGACUAUCUUCAAACCGUGGUGCUGGACACACAUGGACUCAUGACCAUGGCUUACUCGAUUGUUAGCGGCCUUGCACAUCUACACAUGGACAUAUUCGGCACAAAGGGUAAACCAGCUAUCGCUCAUAGAGAUAUCAAAAGUAAAAAUAUUCUUGUAAAGCGAAACGGGCAGUGUGCAAUCGCCGACUUCGGUCUCGCAGUGCGAUACGUAGCCGAACGGAAUGAAGUCGACAUCGCACCUAAUACUAGGGUCGGAACCCGUCGGUACAUGGCACCGGAGGUCCUGAGCGAGAACCUCGACGUGAGCAAUUUUGAAGCAUUCAAGAUGGCCGAUAUGUACUCGCUAGGACUAGUGCUGUGGGAGAUGUGCAGGCGAUGCGCCACAGGCGAUAAGGCGCAGUUUGUAGAAGCAUAUGCCUUGCCGUACCACGAGUUCGUGCCGAGCGAUCCGUCCUUCGAGGACAUGCACGCAGUCGUCGUGGCGAAAGGAAUCCGCCCUCCGAUUCCCGCGCGCUGGAUCUCUGCGGAGCCGCUGUCGACGCUAGUGAACGUGAUGUCGGAGUGCUGGCACGCCAACCCGCCCGUGCGGCUCACGGCGCUCCGCGUCAAGAAGACCCUCGCCAAGUACAACACAGAGACCACGAUCAAGCUCGUGUGA